GGAUCGAUUUCUAUUUUCUGAAGAAGAAUGGUGAGAACGUUGAGAUCGAGAUAGCUAUCGAAAUUGAGAUGGCUGUCAAGAUUGAGAUAGUUGUCGAGAUUGAGAUAGUUGUUGUUGAGAUUAAGAUAGUUGUCAAGAUUGAGAUGAUUGUUGUUGAUUAUUUUUCAUUCUUGAAAAAUACUAUAAAUACUUGCAAUAGAAUCUGA